CUCUUCUCCCCCCUACAAAGUUAUUUCCAUAAACCCGUCGCAAUCGCAAUCCAUGAUUUCCAUCUCCCCUCUCACCACCUAAAUCCCAACCCCCAAAUUUCAUUUCAAAUCCGAUUUGCUGAAACCAGAGCUUGGACUUCUCCUUUAUACAAUCCGCACGCUGUCAUAUCUGCUUUCCUCUUCUGUUUCAUUACUCUUUUCUGCGUCUCUACAUUUCCGGAGUUGAAUUUGAAGUGUGUUUGAUCUUACAUGGUGUCGGUACACCGGAAACCACCGCCGGAUCAGGACUUUUCGCAUUUGUACAUGAGCGGUGAUCACUAGAAAAUUCCGGCGGCGGAUAGUAAUCUACUUCCGAUGGCCGCUGAAGCGAAUGCGUCCUCGGGUUUGGAUGAUCCGAAUAAGAAAAUCCGAAAGCCUUACACGAUCACCAAGUCAAGAGAGAGCUGGAGUGAUCAAGAGCAUGAUAAAUUUCUCGAAGCGCUUCAGUUAUUUGAUCGUGACUGGAAAAAGAUUGAAGCAUUUAUUGGGUCAAAGACAGUUAUCCAGAUACGUAGCCAUGCCCAAAAGUAUUUUCUGAAAGUCCAGAAGAAUGGUACAAGCGAGCAUGUGCCUCCUCCGCGUCCAAAGAGAAAGUCAGCUCAUCCUUAUCCACAGAGGGCCUCGAAAAAUGUUCUACCUCGAACAGCAGGUCCUGUGCAAUCUUCGGUUGCUAGAGUGGAGACUGGAUACGCUGUAAGGCGCCAUCCAUUUUCAACUCCCAGAAAUCCUAUCAGUGGUUCACCUUUGUCUUCAUGGAACUACAAUGUUGUGCCAGCAGGAUGUUUGUCAAAUGUUGCAAAAGAUGAUGUCAGAUUAGCCAGUGCUGCCAAUAAUUAUUGCACCAGCAGCAAUGAUAGCAAUCCGUGCAUGUGGAAAUCUAAUGAGAUGGAUCAUGAAUUAAAAGCAACAUUGUGCAACACAAAGAGAGCUAUGCCGGAUUUUGCUCAAGUUUAUGGUUUCAUUGGUAGCGUCUUCGAUCCGACCACAACUGAUCAAUUGCAAAGGCUAAGGAAAAUGGAGCCUAUAAAUGUUGAGACGGUACUGAUGUUGAUGAAGAACCUCUGCGUCAAUUUGGUGACCCCUGAAUUUGAGAAUCAUAGAAAGUUGCUCUCUUCAUAUAAAAUAGCAACUGAAAAUGUCCGUGCUGGGAGUGAGAUCCCGUCUGCAUAGAGUCCUCAAAAGGCAUUAUCUGAAGAACCUUAAGAGCUUGUUAUGUUCCAAGAUUGGUUAGUGUGGUAGAUAUGUUUUUACUUGUUGCUUUAUGGUGAUGGCAACCGCUGCAGCCAUGGGUGAUUGUGUGGUCUACUGCUGAAUAUGUUGAUCAGUGUAUUGUAUGUAUAUAACAGGCAUGUGGUGAUGGUUUUGAAACGCCUAGAAGUUUGUUAGCUUGAGAGAGACAGAGAGAGAGAGUGGUUGAUUUGAGUAGUGUUUUUAAAUGUUAAGAGAGUAGGUUUUCUGAUCUUGUACAUUCUUGGCUUCUUUUUAUGAUCUGUUCAUGUAAUGUUUUGGUGUUACUAA